ACGCAGGGAAACAUGGCAGCUACAGCGGGCAACAACAUGGACAUCUCCGCGUCCAUCGCAGGGGUUUUGAAAGAUAAACACAGCCCCGCACAUCUGCAGGUGUUAAAGACGUUUACAGCUGCGCUGCGAGAUGAAGAAUACAGGGAUGCCGUGGAGCAGGAGACCUUCUCCAGCCUGCUGGGGGUCCUGGCCAGGCUGCAGGAGGAGCUGCAGGAGGAGCUGCAGGAUGCUCAGAGGGACAGUGAUGGUCUGCAGCUGCAGCUGACUGCAGAGUGCUUCAGGGCUCAGAGAAACUCCUGCGUCCAGAGCAAACGCAACCAAAACCUGCUCAGGGAACUGGGUUUCAUUGACGUGUCUCUCAAGCUCUUGAGUUUGCUUCAGGCUUCAGAUUUUGGGAGCCAGGAUGCCGCAUUUGAGCCUCUUCGUUCUGGGAUUCAGUUUCUUGGUAACUUGGGAGUUGGAAAUCAAAUGUGUAAAGAUGACAUUUGGCAGCUGAGCUUCCCUGAGAUUCUCCUGCAGCUCCUGAGUGUGGAGGAUGAGAAGGUGGUGGACUACACCUGUAUGGUUCUGCACACGUGUCUGGAUGAGGCCAAGGUGGAGGACUUGUCAAAGCCACAGAACAUCAAGCUGGCGCUCAGGUUGAUGGAGCUCUGCAGAACCCAACCUGACCUCGACUGGACGGUGCUCACUGUAACCCAGCAUUUCCUCAAGUCUUCAGCUUUGGUGGAGAGCAUGUACUCUGAGAUGUGCCACAAUGAAAGAGUUACCCUGUUGGAGCUGCUGCUGGCCCAGAUGAGAGAAGAGGAUCUAGACGAGUGUGGCAUCCACACGAGUGUGGCUCAUUUCCUGGCCAGUUCCUUCCAGCAGGGUUGUGGAGCCGUGCUCACACUUGCUACUGGUUCUGCUUCCAGUGAAGAUGUCCUGCAGGAGGCGCUGACUGUGAUCAGUCUGCUGGACGUGUUGUGUGAGAUGACCUCAGACCGCAAGCAGUUCAUGUUCCUGCAGGACCACCUUGACCUUCUUGUGACUACAGUCGAGCUCCUGAAGCAGGUGCAUGCCAUAGGGAAGGCCAGCAAGAACAUUUUCAGCACCACUCAGAAUUUUUCCUCCUUUGCUGAAGACGGAGAUGAGGAUCCGUCCUCUUACUCCCCUGUCAUCAGCUUCAAAGCCCACCUCAUCAGGCUCAUUGGAAACCUCUGCCACAGCCACACCAGCAACCAGAAUAAGGUGAGAGAACUUGAAGGCAUCCCCCUCAUCCUGGAUAACUGCAACAUCGACGGCAACAACCCUUUUAUCAGCCAGUGGGCCAUCUUUGCCAUCCGGAACCUCCUGGAACACAACACGCAGAACCAGGAGCUGGUUGCCGGCUUGGAGCAGCGCGGGCCGGUCGACUACUCUGCACUGAAGGAGCUGGGCCUCCUGAUGGAGGAGCGAGACGGAGGUUUCUUGCUAAAAACUGUGAGAAAAGACUCCUGAACACGAUGAAGCCGUGAGGAGAAGGAGAGGUUUUCAUGCAGAGGAAAUGCGAGCUUCGUAGUUUGUGUCUUAGUAGUUUCAUUGAUGUUGCGCUUGUUCUGCUGAUUGAAGACCUGAUUUCAGAUUAAAGGGGGGAAAAAAAGGCCUGCGCCUGUCACACAAAGUUGAAUGAUGCAUUGCUGAGAGAUUUACGAGGAGAAAAAAAAGUGCUUUUAAUUUAAAUAUCUGAACAGUGUGUGUGACCCGUUUCUACCUCAGUUAUGCCAGCGCUCACACCCUGCUGGGGCUCAAGGUAUUACUGAUACACAAAAGGCUCAUGAGGUCUCCCCGGUAAAGAAUCAGAGGUCAGAGGUUCAGCAGCUCCUGCUUUUGUCCUGGUCUGAGUCUGGGAAAUGAGGAGUUAGUGAGGGGUGAGCUCACGCUGGCACCUUUUUGAAGAGACUGAUGCCUUGUGGUUUAAUCCAAAGACAAAGCGCACCACAGCAUCCAGGCUUUUUGCCUUUCAGAAACGGUGGUGCUACCAGCAGGAGUUGAAGUUUAAUCUGAGGCCCUUAGUGGCUUACGCAGUAACCAUGAAACAGAGAAUGACCAAAACAUCAUGCAAUCUACCCCCUCCUUACCUUAGCUAAUUAAAAAGUGGCAUCUCAGUUCUAGUACCAAGGCCUCCUUAUUAAAACGCUUAAAAUGACUGCUUAUCUGGACAUGUUUACUAUUAUAAUGGAGGACAUGCAAGUGGAAAGACAUGUUUAAUCCACUCGUAUUUUGCACCUCAGGGCCAUGAUACAAGUAUCUGACACUAUGCAUGCUUUGUAAUGUUAAAAUAAGGCUCGUUGAACAUCAUGAGCUGAUCAUUGUACCUUUGCUUGCUUACCAACUCAUAUUCAUCGUAGUCAUGAGAAUUUACUCUUCAUCUAACCCAUAUCUUGAAAAUUAAGGCAUGCUGCAAU